AAAAAAAUGUAAACAUAUUUCCUUUCCUUUGUCCUCCUUCCCCACGUUUCCACUUCCCUUACAUUCUCUUUUCCGGCCUCCAACUAAGAAGAUUUUUGACAGUUCAUUCAAGCCUGAGAAUUUUCAUUGAAAAAUUCUCAACAAAUAAAGAAAGACCCAAAAAAAAAAAAAAGAAAAACCUUCUCUCAAUGAACCCAUACGAUGAGAAGAGGCUAAGAGAUGAAGUAAUCUAUUUGCACUCUCUCUGGCACCAAGGUCCCCCGCAAAACCCUAACCCAAUCCCCCAGAAAAGACCCAGACCCUUAAGACGGAAUCCCACCAACAAAAGCAAAAGGCUUGCCACUUCAGGAUCCUACCCACCACCCAAACCAGACAAUGGACCCGACUGGUCCACCCUCGUCAAGCCUCCACCACCUUCAUCUCCAGGAUGGCCAGAACCCAAGUGCAAACCGGACCACCCGACCAAACCCGUUUCAGUUGAAGACCAAGCGAGGUUUUCCUCCUUGAAAAUGCAAAGCAAGGUUCUUGAAAGUUGCAAAGAAUUUUUCAACAAAAGGGUUGUUGACGAUGAAGAAAGUCAAGACGAAGAAGAAGAAGAAGAAGAAGAAGAAGACGGUGAGGAGGACAAGUUUUUUAUGGGAAUUUUUGUGAAUAACAGUGACUUGAGGGGUUACUAUGAGGAGAAUCAUGAGAAAGGUGAGUUUUUUUGUCUGGUUUGUGGUGGCAUUGGUGAAAAUGUUGGUAAGAAAUUCAAAGGAUGUGUUGGACUUGUACAACAUUGUAUGUCUAUAUUGAAAACCAAGAGAAAGAGAGGGCACAGAGCUUUUGGAUUGGUCGUUUGUAAGGUUCUUGGUUGGGAUAUAGAUAGGUUGCCUGUGAUAUUGUUGAAGGGUGAGCCUUUGAGUCGUAGUUUGGCGGAUUUGACCCAGGAUAAGGGGGAUGAUUUGAAUUUUAUUUUGGGUACUCAGUCUGUGAAUGCUGAUGGUAGUGAAUCAGUUGAAAAUGAGGUUUCUGGUAUUGAUCAGAGUAAUUGUGAAUUGAUGAGAUUAGGCUUAUCACAGAUCCCAAGUGCUGAAUGGCCCUGCAUAGAACCUAUUGAUGAGUCCACUUCAACAAUUAUGGGAUGGCCCAGCUUUGAGCCUUGUACUGCUCCUGUCACUCUUGUGGUUCCUGCUGAAGAGCAGACUAGAUUCAACAUAGUGCAGUUGCAGCGUAAUGUCUUUGAAGGUUGUAAACAUUUCUUGUCUACAACUGAUGAAUCUGACUCUGAUGAAAAUGAUAGUGAAGUUGAUGAUGAAGAUGAAGAUGAUUUAAUGGAUGAAGAUGGGUCUAUAGAAUGUAAGGAGUUCAAUUUCUUUCUGAGGCUUUUCACAGAGAACAAUGAACUACGAAGUUAUUAUGAGACCAACUGUAGAGGUGGGGAUUUCUGUUGUUUGGUCUGUUGUGGGAUUGGGAAGAAAGUUUGGAGGACUUUUAAAGACUGUGUGGGGCUUCUUCAGCAUUCUACUGCAAUAUCAAAGACGAAAAAGAAGCGAGCUCAUAGAGCUUUUGGGCUGGUUAUUUGUAAGGUUCUUGGUUGGGAUAUUGACCGUCUUCCAUCAAUUGUGUUAAAGAGUGAGCCUCUGAGUCAUUCAUUAGAGGACUUGUCACAGCGUCAGCUUGAUGGAAAAGUUAGUUGUGACAAGGAUGAGCUGGAUGGUCCUACAGACAAAACAGAUUCUGGAUCGGCUUUAGAAGAGGAUAUCAAUGCACAUCAAAAUAAUAGCGCUUUGAUAAGUAGUGAGAGUACUUUGAAUGAAGAACCCAAUAAAGACAAUAAUCUGGAAAACAUUGCUUUGAGUAUCGGAGCAAAUUAAAUAAAGCAGUAAAUUCCCUGGUGAGAUAGUUGGUCUUUUUUUUUUACUAUUAUCAUUAUGCUUUACACCUUUUAAAAUGGUUAAGCUCUACAAGACAUCGUUUUUAUAACUGAGUUUCUCAAUUAUAUAAUUCUCUUCUUUUUAAAGCUGGCAGUUGUCUUGUUCUUUGUUGAUAAGUAUAAGUUGUCAGCAGAAUUCGAUUACGGAAAACAAUUUUUAGACAAUAUUGAGGUGGAGAAUUCAAGUAUUGAGGAGCAGCAUGAGGAUUGCUCACAAGUUGAAGUAGAAAUAUUUUUAUCAAGAAACUGUGUAGACAACUGAAAGUUAACAUUGCAUAAUCGCCAUUUGGAUUCUGUUGGCUCAGGAAUCUUGCUGAAGGUUCAAAUGCAGUUUUGGCAGUUUGGUUUUUUUCCAGACUGGUAAGUAGGUAGACAGCUUAAUCAGCUUCAUUCAAGACAUUACAGGGUAUUAGAUUAUUUAGAAGGAACCAACAGUUGAUUCAAUGAUGUAAUUACUGGUUUAUAACCUAUACUUGUUGUAUAGCUACCAUUGCAUCCUCUUCUUCCUGCAACCUGAACCAAUUCAUACUUGCUUUACCUUCCUUUGGUUUAAUCAUUCCUGUAUUGCUUCAUGAAGUGUUUAACCAUUUCUAACAUCUGGAUUCUGUAUAAGUUCACGCUUUCCUCUGGCUAAGUCAUUUCCAGCUGGGUCGUGCCGUUAAAUACAAAAGAUAACUGUUCUGAGUGUCGUUAUCGACAUCUCGAGACUCCUUAAUGUUACUCUCGAGG